CAUGUGACUCAGGGCAGUCACGUCAUCUCUCAGGUGACUCUAGCAUCUGCUACGGAACUACGUGCAUUGCCAGUCUGUCCUCGCUUCCCCGCAAAUGGGAGAUCGCCCUAGGGAGCCGCUGCUGCAAGGCCCCCUUCCACACUGGCUGGGGAGAGAGGAUGCUGCGGUGAUUAGGGAGGCACCCUCACUGGUCCCGUGUUUGGCUCCAUAUUAUUCUCCUCUUCAGCAAGCUCAAGCAUUUUAUACAUUUCCGUUCCAUCAAAUGAUGACUACAGCUCCUAACAUGGAAAUUAUGAAUGAACAACAGACUGUAGAGGGCAUUUCAGAUACAAACUUUGCUCAAGAACCUAUUCAAGAAGUUACAAAGGGAAGGAAGAGAAAAACCAAAUCAGCAGAGCCAAAAAAACCAGCUGCUAAGGCAGCUAAAUCAACUAAAUCAAAAGGCAAACAAGAAAAGAUCACAGAUACAUUCAAAGUCAAAAGAAAAGUGGACCGUUUUAAUGGUGUGUCUGAAGCUGAACUUUUGACCAAGACUCUUCCUGAUAUUUUGACCUUCAAUCUGGAUAUUGUAAUUAUUGGCAUAAACCCGGGUUUAAUGGCAGCGUACAAAGGGCAUCAUUACCCUGGACCUGGAAACCACUUUUGGAAGUGUCUCUUUUUGUCUGGGCUGAGUGAGGAACAAUUGAACCAUAUGGAUGACCACACUUUACCACAAAAAUAUGGUAUUGGAUUUACAAACAUGGUGGAAAGAACAACACCAGGUAGCAAAGACCUCUCCAGCAAAGAAUUUCGAGAAGGAGGACGAAUUCUGAUGCAGAAAUUACAAAAGUAUAAACCUCGCAUAGCAGCUUUUAAUGGAAAAUGUAUUUAUGACAUUUUUAGUAAAGAAGUUUUUGGAGUAAAGGUUAAAAAAUUGGAAUUUGGAUUACAGCCCCACAAAGUCCCAGACACAGAAACUCUCUGCUAUGUUAUGCCAUCAUCCAGCGCAAGAUGUGCUCAGUUUCCACGUGCACAGGAUAAAGUUCAUUAUUACAUAAAGCUUAAAGAUUUAAGGGAUCAACUGAAAGGCAUCACGUCAAACACAGAGGUGCAGGAGGUGCAGUAUACGUUUGACUUACAGCUUGCACAAGAGGAUGCUAAAAAGAUGGCAGUUAAAGAAGAAAAAUAUGAUCCAGGUUACGAAGCAGCGUAUGGUGGUGCAUAUAGUGAGAAAACCCCCUAUGAGCAUGAACAGUGUAACUUCGCUUCAAAUGGAACAGAAGCGAACAAUCUAGGCUACAGUGGGGGGUCAUCCUUUGGUGAUAUUCCUAAUGGACAGUGGAUGAUGCAGUCCUUCACGGACCAGAUUCCAGAAUUCAGUAACCGUGGGGCACAAGAGCAAGAAGAAAGCAGUGUGUAAAAGCUGCCUCUUGGGCAGCUCUGCAUAAAUGCUGCAGUUUUAAUGCAGUUAUCAAGAAUGGUACCUCAGUUCUCUAACUGAAGCAUUUUAAUAGUAUUUUACCUGUUAUUUUAUUAUAGUCCAAACCAAUUGUGUGGUAGAUUUAAUCCUAUGAAGUUGGUAAUUUUUAAGGAAAUGUCCAACAUUUUAAAAGAAAAAAAAAUAAAGGUAGCCCUUUUUGUAUAUGAGUUUUAUAUUUAACUUACACCAUUUCUUGCAGUUUAUGAUAAACUGCUUUCUCGUAUGUGAAGACUGAUUUCUUUUGGGGUUACUUUAAUUCUGUAAUUUGUAGUGCAGUAGUCUGUGGAAUUAUACUUUUUACUGAUUCCUUCUUAUGGGGGGAUAUUUCAUAAGCCUUUUAUAUGCAGAGAGAGGAAAAUGGGAACAUGAAAGCCACUUGCUGAUUAGGAUUACCACUGCUGCUUGACAGUGUAGCCCUGCUCUCACAGGGAAUAGGGUUUUUUAAAGUCAGUGUAGUUACAUGAAUUGUGCAUUUUCAAGGCCUGCCUUCUGUUCUCUGCCAUGAGUGAGAGUUUCCCACUUUGCUUUCCAAGCUCCAGCUCCAUUCAGCUCAUUUGCCAUUUGGCACCUGGAGUUCUAAGAAACUUGAGACCUCAUCUCCCCCACCUUGUAAAGGGGGGAGGAGAAUCCAGUUUGUUGAGCGGGGGCAGGGCUUGAAGACUCCUGCUUAGUUGUCUUGUAAUAAGGCUGCCUAGUAUCAACUUCGCCCUCAAAGAAAUAAGGUAGAGCCUGCUGGGAUCUGUGGAGCUGAAGUGCCCUUCCUCUCCUCCAUGGCUGGUCUAUGACUUCCCACUUGGUUUACACUGAGCAGCUCCUUAUAGUGCAGCAAUAGCACUAAAUGGGGGGAGAGAGAAUACCUCAGUACUGGCCAGUUUAGAGAGCAUCCUUGCAGAAAAUGGGGAGGCCAUGCUCCCUGGAAAAUCUAAGAUUUGCACAUGUCACCAAAAGGGAAAACUGGCAUGGGGUUGGAACAGGACUGAGGAUAAUUCUUAAGAUGUUCUGUUCCUUUCCAAAAUAGGAAGGAAUUGAGAACUAUCUCUACGAGUUUAGGGGGAUUUCUCCUCUUGGCUCCUCCCAAAAAAUAAUUUAUGGUAUGAAGUUAAAACCAUGGGCAGCUGGUAUGUGAAUAUAAAGUCAACCCUGGAAAAUACAGUCUUCUAAAGUACUUAAAUAGUUUGUGUUUCUAGACAAACUUUGACUUAUGUGGCCAAUAUAAUAUUCAGGGAGUGAAAUGAGUUUUCCAUGCUUCGGUAUAAAAUAUCACUCUUUCUCUUUUGAAUAGAAAAGGGAAGAUAUGGCUUGAAGUAAAAGCAAUAAGCUGAUCAAAACAUUUAAUGUUUUGGUGAUCUUAUGAGAGUAGGUGCUUUGUAUACUUGAAAUAUGCACAAACUGUAUCUUCUUAAUCCAAACUGGUCAGAUAUUACACUUCCAGAGAUUUUAUCCUUUCUUCCACACUUUGGCAGUUGCCAUCAUGGAUUGAGUGGAUCCAGGUGAUAUAGAACCUAAGCCUGCUAAUAACUUUGGAUCUCACACACACAGGAAGCACACUGCCAGCUCAGUGGGAGGCAGGCAUGAUGUUUACAGUUCUCUUCCCUAGUUGUUUGUCUUAAUCCUAAGAGAACUUUUUAAAUCAAGACAAAAUGUGCAUUGUGGUUCUGAUCAUGUUUGUGAGCCUCAGUGUAAAGCUGUUCAUUAUAUGGUCAAAGAUGUAUGGAAAUUGUUCGUUCGUUAUUUAAAAUGUACUGUAUCAUGUAUCACUGUUUACAUGGACAUGUUCCUGCAGGUGCUCAAAAGUGCCUUGCAUCAGGGAUUUGUAACAAUUCAAUUUAUUUUUCAACAAAAGUAUGUGAAGCAUGUAACUACUAUUGCUGAGUAGACAGUGCAAUAGUACAUAACUUCUGUAAAGGUGUUUUUUUUAAUUUGAAGGGACAGUUCUGUUCUUUGGCAGAGGCUCCUACUAGAUUAUGUAGGUAUAAAGUAGAGUUAAAUGUACAAUGAGCGUUUUCAUUAAAUAUGGCAAGUAACGUGUGCAUUCUCUCUAAUUGGUGCUGUAACAGAGGUUUUAAACCCAUCUUGAAAAUCUAAUGAUGUUUCACAAUAAAAUCAGGAAUUGUAUUGGAA